GACCGGACCAAGAGGGCGGCCGUAUUUCUCGCUGCGCAGCAGCCCGAGCGGCGUCUACUCUUUAUUACGUCCAUGGACGAAGUACACGAGGCCAUACGCGAAGAAGAAUCAAAUUGUGGACGAAACAUGGCUUCUCCUGCUGGUUGUGAGCACUAUGUGCGCAGCUGCUUAUUGAAAGCACCUUGUUGUGGGAAAUUAUAUGUGUGUCGGCUAUGCCAUGAUGCAGAAGAGAACCACCAGAUGGAUCGAUUCAAAGUCAGAGAGGUGCAGUGCUCUGAGUGUCAGAUGGUGCAGCAGGCUCAGCAGACUUGUGAACAGUGUCACGUGCAGUUUGGAGAGUAUUACUGUGACAUUUGCCACUUGUUCGAUAAGGAUAAGAACCAGUACCACUGCCAGCCCUGUGGGAUAUGCAGGAUUGGGCCCAGGGAGAAGUACUUUCAUUGUGAGAAGUGCAAUUUGUGUUUAGCUCAGGAUCUGCGAGGAAACCACAAGUGUGUUGAAAAUGUUUCUAGGCAGAACUGCCCAGUGUGUAUGGAGGAUAUUCACACAUCCAGAAUUGGAGCUCAUGUCCUUCCUUGUGGCCACCUUUUACACAAGACCUGCUUUGAUGACAUGGUCACAACAGGAGCGUAUCGCUGCCCUCUGUGUAUGCACUCUGCUUGGAACAUGGAGCACCACUGGGAUCAGAUAGACAAAGAGAUUGCUCAGUCACCGAUGCCUACUGAAUACCAGGGUGCUACCGUCAGAAUUAUAUGUAACGACUGCCAAGCCCACUGCACGGUGCCUUUCCACGUGUUGGGGAUGAAGUGCACUGGCUGUGGCUCCUACAAUACAGCACAGGACGGGGGACUCAUCCAGCAGCCUCAGCCACAGCAGGCAGAGGCUCAGCAGGACACUGAGAAUGAGGCAGAGAUGGACACAGAACCAGAGCAGCAAGAUCAACAUGAGUCGACCAUGCCACAUUAGCAGAACUGGCUGAACCGUCAUGGAUGGAUUUGACUGGUGCACUUUAUUGUAGUUACCUACAUGGAGUGUAGCAGUAAACUGAGCCAAUGUUUCCACUUUGUACAUUCUUUCGAAAAAUCCAUCUAUUUUCUGUACCUUCUUAUGCUCUUCAGCGCUGGACUUAUCCUAGGAUGUGCAGGGUGAGAUGAAGGGGCACCCUGGAUAGGGUCCCAGUCGAUCACAGAACCUUCACAUUAACAUCUACAGACUAUUUGAAGUCAUAGUCCAUCAGACCUGCAUGUCUUUAGACUGUGAGAGGAAAUCCACAAAGGCAUGGACACAACAUGCAAACAUACAUGGGACUAGUGACUGUUACAGUCUGGUAAAUGUUUGAUGGUUUCAGGAACUGUGCCAUAACUCCUAUUGAACUGCUCUCAGUAAGACACUGUGAGCAGAUGUGUCUGUUUGUCAUAUUCUGUAUGAUCAUGUGCAGCUUGACAGAACAAUCUGCCAGCUUUGGAAAUCUGUCAAAAGAGUUAGAACUGUCUUCAGCAACAUGAUUAACAUUAGUGUAAAUCUGAACAUUAACUUAAUUUAGUGAAAGAUUGAUCAAGCAUAAGGGAAAGAUUCACAGGGCAUUUAUGCAGGAAAAAUACAUCAAAAAGGUCCAGAGAUGCUUUGUAAGUCGAAGAUUUAACUGUUGUCAUUUUUCCUCAUUUGAUUUCUCAGUCCAUAUUUUAGUUCCUGAUUGUGGAUCCAGUUUAUGAUUUUCAGAUAUUGAUUCUACAGUUGAUAAAAAUUGUGAAAAUAAAUAAAUUCAGUUUGAAUUUAACAUCAAA